AUGACCCGACAGAAAUCGCCUCAAUACAAAGCAAUCAUCUUUGACCUAGGGGAUGUCUUUUUCACCUGGGACGCCCCCAAAGACACUGCUGUCUUGCCCAACCUCUUCAAGAAAAUGCUUACCUCGCCAACCUGGUCAGAUUACGAGCGCGGCAAGUUGAGCGAAGAAAGCUGCUACGAGAGACUGGCCGAACAGUUUGACGUUGACUCGUCGGAAAUCGCGCGCAGCUUAAGGAAAGCACAGCAGUCUCUUACCACAGACGCAGCAAUCGUGAGCCUGAUAUCAGAGAUCAGAGCGUUGGCCGGACAUAUUGCCAUCUACGCCAUGUCCAACAUUUCCGCCCCAGCUUAUGCAGCUGUGCUCCAGACUCAGCCCGAAAUGGGCAUCUUUGACGGAGUGUUCCCGUCUGGAUGCUAUGGGACGAGGAAGCCGGAGCUGUUGUUCUAUAAGAAAGUCUUGCAGGAGAUUGCAGUGCCGCCAAAUCAGAUCAUCUUUAUUGAUGAUCAGCUAGAGAAUGUAGUUUCUGCGCAGUCAACAGGUAUGCACGGCAUUGUCUACACCGGUGCGGGUGAGCUCAGUCGACAGCUCAGAAAUCUGGUGUUGGACCCUGUACAAAGGGGUCGAGAGUUUCUACGGCGCAAUGCUGGGGCAUUGUAUAGUAUCUGCGAGACUGGUCAAGUCAUCCGGGAAAACUUCUCGCAGCUGCUCAUCCUAGAGGCGACGGGUGAUAGAAGCCUGGUCAACCUUGAAUAUCAGCAGCGGAGCUGGAAUUUCUUUCAAGGAGGUCCCCCUUCUACGUCGGAAACAUUCCCAGAUGAUGUCGACACAACAUCCAUUGCCUUGAUGAUUCUCCCUGCCGAUGAUAACACAGUCAACUCGGUUCUCGGCGAGAUUUCCGAGGUAGCUAAUGACGAGGGCAUUGUAAAUACGUACUUUGACCAGACCCGACAGCGAAUCGACCCAGCAGUCUGCGUCAAUGUCCUCCGUCUCUUUUAUACCUACGGCCGGGGCGCCACUCUCCCAUUGACCCUCCAGUGGGUGUCCGACGUUCUUGAGCAUCGUGCGCACUUACAUGGUACGCGAUACUACCCCAGCCCGGAGGUUUUCCUCUACUUUGUCAGUCAACUCUGCCGGUUCUCCAAGAGGGAACCGACGCUGCAGCUGCUGGAGACGUUGCUCACGGAUCGCCUCAAGGAGCGCAUUCAGGUCAAGGCAGACACUCUGUCACUGGCUAUGCGGAUCCUGGCAUGCUUGUCUGUGGGUAUAUCACAAGUUGAAGUGGAUGUCCGAGAGCUGCUCGCCUUGCAAUGCAAGGAUGGAUCGUGGGAACCCGGCUCGUUUUACCGGUUUGGGUCGUCCAAGAUGAACGUUGGUAAUCGAGGUCUUACGACUGCGUUGGCGACUAGGGCGGUUGAGUUGUACCAGGGGACUAGAAUACGCUCUAAGGGCACCGAGUAG